AACGAACUUGCGAUGUACGGUACAAAGAACAACGGUUCAAAGUACAAAGGCCCCAAAUACUGACACACCCCGGGCUGAGCUCUAACGGUAGAUGCAUGCAGGUGAUGACAUCUAAUGCAAGGCUUUGUAGCCUACCUGUAAACGGUAUAUUUUAUAAGUUAAGUAUAUAACUUUAUGAACGAUCAUCAUGAGGACCAGGACAAAACUACUCACCUUCAUUGCGGGAAUGGGAAUCCUUGUGAGCUAUGCCUUCUAUAAACCUGUUCCCGAUGGUUUUGCAGAACCAUGGCAGUACCGUAUAGUGGCUACAAUCUCCCAAGCCAUUCAGGGCCUCAAUUACGUUAGGAUGUGUGUGUGGGACCGUCGUUGCCCAACCAUCUUCGAGGAGCUUAUGGAGACAUUUAGCAUACUUGAAACCUUGGUUGGGGAUCCACCGGAAGAGGUACCUGGGUCAAACAUCAGAUCACGAGUGACGUCAUUCGAUGGUAUCAGGGUGAGGGUGUACGAGCCAAUCGAGAAAGACGGCGAAGGGGAUCUCCCUGCAUUCUUGUACUUUCACGGUGGAGGUCUGGUGACUGGCAACAUCGCUUAUUACGAUCCUGCUGUCCGGAUGAUUUCCGAAAGAAUACACGCUGUUGGGAUUGCCGUCACAUACCGACUAGCACCUAAACACGUGUUCCCAGCUGCAUUCGACGACGCCUUUGCAGCCACGAAGUGGUUCCUACGCCACGCUGACGAGUUCGGCGUUGAUCCAACGAGAGUAGCCCUGAUAGGGGAUAGUGCCGGUGGUCUCCUCGCCGCCCUUGUGUCUGGGGCGAUCUCGGACGAGCCUUCCUUGCCCGACAUCAAACUCCAGGUACUCAUCUACCCAUGGCUUCAGAGCUUCGACCACAACACCCCAUCCAUGCAGAAGAUACGAUGCCAGCACGGUGGUUUCGGACAAACUGUAGACAUGAUAGGUCUUAUGCCAUACUUCGUCACUGCAUACACCUUUGGCAGUGUGGACGAGCACCUCGGACAGCAGAUCUAUGCGAACAACCACACAUCGGCUGCCUUCAAACAAUCGGAAUUCUAUCAGAAGCAUCUCAGCCAUGAUCUCAUCCCAGCUGAUAUGAAGCCGGAUUGCUAUGUCCCUCCGACAUCAGACUUCGGUGAUGACGAGCUAUGGAAGAACAUGAAGGACGCUUUGACCUCGACGAAGUAUUCGCCUCUCUAUCGCGAAGACUUUUCCAAAUUGCCCCGCGCGUUCGUCGCGACGUUCGGAUACGACUGUUUACGCGAUGACGGGAUAUUCUAUGCAAAGAGGCUGGAAUAUGCGGGCGUGCCAGUGAAGUGGGUGAAUUAUGAAGACGGUUUUCAUGGCAUUCCAUGGUUUGGAGAUAAUUCAUAUGAAAUCGGGCGACAGAUGGCCGAAGAUUUUAUCGAAUAUACAAAAGAGCAUCUUUGAUAAAAGAGUAGAUAUUCAAUCUCUAAAUAUGUUGAUCGUGAGAAUUAUUUUCUCAAUGUAUGUAUAUUCCCUAAAUUGUCAAUAUUUUUUCUUCCCACUUCUUAUGAAAUAAUCGUGACAGUAUAUAUGGUCUAUUCUUGAUAGAUUAAGUUUAUAUCUGAAAUAAAUCUCAUACCUGUAUCAGAUCACGCGGGUUAUUAUGAAGUUAAUAUAUUAAUAUUAUUUUGCUCCGUUAUAUGCCUGAUUGAAUUUGAUAUUAUAAAUAAAAUGUAAAUAAUUUAUAUAAGUCAAGAGAA